AUGGCUGAGGUCGAUGAAACACUCAAGAAGAAACGUACCUUCAGGAAGUUUACCUUCCGAGGUGUUGAUCUUGAUCAGCUACUUGAUAUGCCCAAUGAGCAACUCAUGGAGUUGAUGCAUGCGCGAGCUCGCAGGCGAUUCGCCCGUGGCUUAAAACGAAAACCAAUGGCUCUAGUUAAGAAAUUGCGCCGCGCAAAGAAGGAAGCUCCUCCUAAUGAGAAACCAGAAAUCGUCAAGACCCAUCUGCGUAACAUGAUAAUUGUCCCUGAGAUGGUUGGAUCUAUUGUUGGUAUUUACAAUGGAAAGACAUUCAAUCAGGUUGAAAUCAAGCCUGAGAUGAUCGGCCACUACCUUGGUGAGUUCUCCGUUACAUACAAACCUGUCAAGCAUGGUAGGCCCGGUAUUGGUGCCACACACAGUUCCAGGUUCAUUCCUCUGAAGUAG